GCAUAACAUACUUAUGUAUAUCAUUUAUUUAACCUUGAGCAGUACUACCAACACCUUUAUUAAAAAGGACAAUUUUUUAAUUCCUCUCUGAGUUCUCUCUCUCAUUCCUAGCGUGCUCUGUUCCCAACACAGUAUUACUGUACUCUGUCUGCAACACGGACACUGAGAGAGGGUGAAAGAGAAUUAAAGGCGUGUUUGGCAUUAAACAUGGUUUUGAGCUCCACAAAAUGCAAAUGUGCCUCUCUCUUCGUGUUCCUCUUGGCUACCUCUGCUUUUGCUGCUCCAGUUGAAGACGGCGAACUCGUCAACGGCGACUUCGAGACACCUCCGGCCGGCGGUUUCCGGGAUGUCUCCGGCGACAUUCCUGGCUGGAAAACCGAGGGCUCGGUGGAGCUCGUGGAGUCCGGGCAGAGGCAAGGCGGAAUGAUCCUAAUCGUGCCCGAGGGUGCCCACGCUGCUCGGUUGGGCAACGAUGCCGAGAUGAGUCAAGGCGUGAAGGUUGAGAAAAACGGGCUUUACUCGGUCACGUUCAGCGCUGCCCGAACGUGCGCUCAGCUCGAGUCACUCAACGUGUCUGUGGGGCCCGCGUCUCAAACGAUCGACCUGCAGACCGUUUAUAGUGUACAAGGGUGGGACUCGUACGCGUGGGCUUUUCGGGCCCAAACAGAGGAUGCUCGGGUGGUGUUCAGAAACCCGGGCAUGGAGGACGACCCGAGUUGCGGGCCCAUUAUCGACGAUAUUGCCAUCAAGAAGAUGUUCGUGCCGGAUAAGCCGGAAGACAACGCCGUACUAAACGGUGAUUUCGAAGAAGGCCCGUGGAUGUUCCGAAACGAGACCCUCGGCGUACUCCUCCCUACCAAUCUCGACCAAGGCACCUCCUCUCUCCCGGGCUGGAUCGUUGAGUCCAACCGGGCCGUACGCUAUGUCGACUCGUACCAUUUCAAAGUCCCCGGUGGCAAACGGGCCAUCGAGCUCUUAUCCGGAAAAGAGGGCAUAAUUUCGCAAAUGGUUGGCACAAAGCCCAAUAAGCCCUACCGCCUCACAUUCUCAUUGGGCCAUGCAGGGGAUGCGUGCAAACAGCCGCUAGCUGUCAUGGCCUUUGCUGGAGACCAAACCCGAAACAUACAUUACACGCCUGACUCGAACUCGACUUUUCAGACAGCGGAUUUGAACUUCACGGCUAGGGCGGAAAGGACACGUGUCGCUUUCUACAGCAUUUAUUACAACACGAGAACGGAUGAUAUGAGCUCGCUAUGUGGGCCUGUUGUGGAUGACGUGAGGGUCGAGCAGUCGGGCUCGGUUGGGUUCGGGCUUGGGAGUUUGGGCCUAUUGUUGAUUUUGUUGUGCCAGUUGAUGGUUUUGGUUUAGAUGGUUAAAGAAGAAUCAGGCCCAAAUGCAAGUUUCCUUUUGUUAGAAAUUUUGUGGUGUUUGGGCUUUUAAAGGGUUUGGUGUUCUGAAGUGGGGCUAAAUUAAGUAAGAGUUUUCAAUUUUAUGCUUCUUUUUAUUUUUAUAAGCAUGGUAUUUAUUUUAUUUUAUGAAGUGAUGACGUGAAGAAUUUCAUACAA